CUUGAAUUAAUUACAACGGCUUUGGUCGUUAUCAGAUUAAAAUUAUUAUUUUAAGCGAGUUCGGAUCAAUAUGAAUUGGUCAGUCAGUAAAAAAAAGAGGAUCGAGAUCUAAGAGUAAUCUAAGAAGAACACCGUAAACCUACCAGACAAAGUGUGCCGGUCCCCAGCCGAGUACAAGGUGAAUGUAGUUGAAUUCUACCAUAUAUAUACAACAAACAAAAAUCAGCGCCAUACUUAGAACCAGGACGACCAUAUAAGUAAUCUUACGCAGGAGGUAUAACGUUUUCUGUGACUCAAAACAAAAAUGCCGCCGUACAUUAAGAAAAAGAGUACAAACGGUUUGCCGGUCCGUAAGCCAAAAAAGAGCAGGACGAUGGCAGAUUUUCUUCAUUUGUGUUGGCCUUCAAAUUGGAUACGCCACAGACAACACCGUGACCAUGCCAGGAAAAGUGUGCCGAUCUUUAACCCAGUAAAAGAGACCAUGGGUACCACCUGCAAACGGAUUAUACUGCAAAAGAUGGGCUUUGUUUGCAAGUUUGAGGAUAGAACAUUACAACGUGCAUAUGUUGGAUUAGUCACACUGAUAAUUGUACAGUCACUCCUUUUCCUCGUCUUGACUGUAUCAUGGAGAAUAUAUAAGGAACCUCCGCCAUUGGAGAGCAGCACUUACUGUGUGCCAUGCAAUGACAUCAAACAAACGAACCCUUACAAUGUCACAGGGCACGUCAUUGAUGCAUUGAGACAAAUAUAUAACGAGUCGGUAUGCUGUGGUCCCAUUCGGGACAUUAUGGAGCUCCGCAGUAAAAACGAGAUGACAAAACAAUACGUCAAAAACGCACAAGCAAAUCCGAGUCAAUUGGUCGGAGAAUCGUUCAUCACCGACUGUGAGUGGCAGGGGAUAAAAACACCUACAGGCAAACUGGUUGGAGUGGUAGAUAGCGUACCAAGUGAUAUAGUCCAAGGUCAUUCAAAACUUCGAUGGAACAAAAAGGGCCACACAUUCACCGAAACAAAAUGCAUUCAUCUCGAGCUCGAGGGGGAAAUCUUUAUCAAGAAACCAGGCUACUUUAUAGUAUCUUCUAUGCUGAAUGUUAAUAUUACAGGAAUGAACAAUACUACAACAACGUUCAGUCAAAGCAUUAAUCUGCUAUCCCACAAAUUUGGAACAACUGGUUCUCUCAUGCGACGCACAAGAUCCAUCAGAAAAUCAAAGGACUGUGUUUUUACAAGUUUUAUGUCUGCGGUUUUCAAGCUACAAAUGCACGAUAGGAUAUCUGUGUCUGUGAGUGACCCUAAUUAUUUAGAUCUUAACUAUUCAAACGAUCAUUUCACUGCAUACUACACUUACGACAUGCCCUAAAUUCGGGUAUCUGCUCGUAUAACAUUUCUUACUUGUCAAUUGCAAAAAAAAAUACUUUACAAGAUGGCACGGACAAAAUUAUAUCAGUCUAUAGACAUUCCAAUAGGUGAAUUACGAUUAUUAUAAUGAGUUCUUCUUUUAUGCCUUUCGAUGAAAUAUGGAGUUUUACUAAUGAAAUAACAACAGUGAAAAUAUCAAUCAGAUAUUUUCACUGCAAAAUAAGUAGUGAAAACAUCAGCUUUCAGAACUACUUUUAAAAUCCGUUGUAUUUACUUCCCUUGAUCAUAACAGAACACAUCACUUUUAAUCAGAAAAUGUUUGCAAAUAAAAUAUUUAAAAUUUAAAGAAAUGUUACAAAAGUUUAAAAAAGAUAUAUUUGGAAAUUAACAACUUACCAUUUAUUAGAAAAACGUUUUUUCCCCGUUUUCUUGAUCUUUAAGCUCGAGGGAUGAAUGCGAAGUGGCAUUAAAUAAAGAAGUAUAUAUAAACUUUUCGCUUUCAUCCCUCGAGCUGAACGUUCGAACAUUUGCUUUCAUACCAAACAGAAUACAGACGAAAACAACUAUUCGAACAUAAAUAGACUGUUAUAUCAUCAAAAUGCAUUUUGAACUGUUUGUUGUUGUAAUACGUAAUAAAAAAUUCCCGAAAAAAAUCACAAAACACUUUACAGAUAUACUGAUUUUUUUUUUACCCCGCCAAAGCCUAAAAAUGCCAACCAUCUAGCGUGGUCCGCAUUAUUACCUGGAAAUCGACCUGUCUUCAAGCAAAACAGACUGGUCUCUGCCAGACAGUAAGAUGACUGAAUAUCCAUGUAUCAUGAAACACAUUCUAAAACUAAGAAGUAAUGAUAUAGGUCUGUAGCUGGAAGGGUCACGUUUGUUUUUGCCUUUACCUUUAUAUACAGGGAUAAUAACGUUGGUUUUCCAAAUAAUUGGUAUUUCUCGAGCACCAGGACUAUAUUAAAUAGUAGUGUAAGCGCUUUUAUAACAGCAAGUCCACCAAAUAAUACAUGUUCAUUCAUAAUUCCAUCAUGACCACGGCUUUUUCUCUUCGCGAGGGAUUUUAUUAUUUUGUUCACUUCAUCUAAGCUAAUUAGGGUGACGGUGUUGUUCAUAAUUUGGCACGUAAGAUAACAAGAUGUCGCCUAUUUUCAACUCUGAGCAAAUCUCAAAGGGUCGUUCGCUGUUUCGUUUUGACAACUCCCAAAAAAUUUGAUAGUCGUCUUCUGCUGUUCGAUUAAAUUCAUAAUAUAAUUGAUUUACAUGGGAUUCGCGGCAAUUCCGCUGUAUUCUCCUGAAAAUGCGUUUGGCUUGUUUAUUGUUUGUAAAUGAGUCUGACAUUUUCCUGGGGGUCUGCCUUGA